UUUUAAUAACGAUAAGAACGAAUCAAGUUUUGAAUCGUUUAACCUUUCGUUACAAGUGUAAACAGAUAAGAAUAUUUUACCAUAAUAAUAUGUUAGUAACGUGUCGACCAACACGACGACCGCCAUGUUGAUUUACAGCAAAAUUUUCAAUAAAACGACGUUAAAUCAUCGUAGAAAUUUACACAUUUACAAUAAACUAUUCGGUAAAGUGUCGUUCAAUUUAUCGGACAUAGGUGAAGGUAUUCGCGAAGUACUAAUUAAAGAAUGGUUCGUAAAAGAAGGCGAUAAAGUGUCCCAAUUCGACGAUAUUUGCGAAGUACAGAGCGACAAAGCAUCAGUUACAAUAACGAGUAGAUACGACGGGGUAAUAUCGAAAUUGCAUUACAACAUAGACGAAACCGCUUACGUAGGACGACCUCUAGUCGAUAUUGAAACCGAUUCUAACGAAAAGGAAGAAGAAACGACGAAAGAAGUAAUUAGAGAAGCCGAAGAAUCUUCUGUUUUAUGUAUACCUUCGGUAAGAAGAUUGGUUAAAGAAUAUAACGUCGAUGUGAAUAAAAUUAAACCGACAGGUAGAAACGGGAGGAUUUUGAAAGAAGACGUUCUCAAAUACCUCGAACGAUCUACUAGUGAUAUUAAUACGGGGGAAAAAGAGAAAUAUCUGGAACGAUCUUCUAGCGAUAUUAAUACGGGGGGAAACGAUAGAACCGAAUCUAUUAAAGGAUUUAAGAAGACGAUGAUAAAAACGAUGACUGAAGCUCUUAAAAUACCACAUUUCGUUUACGGGGACGAUAUCGAUUUUACGGAAAUUAGCGAUUUGAGAAAAUUAUUGAAAGGUAAACGUGAUUUGAAGAUGUCUCCGUUGCCGUUUUUGGUCAAGGCCGUAUCGAAUUCUUUACGGAAAUAUCCGAUCGUUAAUGCUUCGGUCGACGAGAAUGUCGAACACGUUGUUUAUCAUAGUGGGCAUAAUAUAGGUAUAGCUAUGGACACGCCGCUCGGUCUCGCAGUACCCGUCGUAAAAGACGUACAAAAUCGAUCGAUCAUCGAAAUUUCCCAAGAAAUUCAACGACUCCUCAAAAACGGCAAAGAAGCCAAAUUUUCCCCGACAGAUUUAACAGGCGGCACUUUCACUAUAUCGAAUAUCGGCUCUAUAGGCGGUACCCAUUUGAAACCCGUCAUUUUACCGCCUCAAGUCGCCAUAAUGGCGAUAGGAAGAUCCAAAAUUCUACCGAGGUACGACGUAGGGGGGAAUUUGGUGGCGCGAGAAGUGGCAGCGGUCAGCGCGUCGGCGGAUCAUCGAAUUAUAGACGGCGCCACCAUGGCUCGGUUCGUUACAGACGUCAAAACGCAAUUGGAAAAUCCAUAUCUGUUAUUUUUCCAUAUUUGAACGUUAAAUAAUAAAAAUUCGUGAAAA